AUGUUUUUUUUUUUUUUAAUUUUGGGUUAUGUUAUGUUAUGUUGGUGGAGAGACUGGUAGAACCUGCAAUUCUCAGAAAAUGCCACACCGCUUAUUCUCUUCAAUCGAGGACCUCUUAUUGAUCUUCUUCCAUGGUCUCAAACUAGAUCAAUAUCAGAGCGAAAAAGAGGAACCUUCACACCCAGUUACCCCCAAACACGGCCUUAUUAUUUCUAUCUAAGGAGGCCGAUGCCAUAAUACUACUGUUUUUGGUUUAUUUAAAAGUAAAAGAAAAAAAAAUAAUGCUUCUUUCUCUUUCAAAAAGGAAAAAACAUUAUGGAGUGAGUUUUUGAGGUUAUCAUGAGCUUCUUCUCUUGCCUUUCUCCUUUGCUAAAAGCCUUUUCCUUGUGACUCACUCAUACCCAGUUGCUCAAAAUCAGUGUUUUUGGCCAUUGAUAUAACUGCAAACUCGUUGACCCAGAAAGCAGCAUUGCUAUUCGCUACCAUGCUGAAACAAAUUUUGAGCAAACUCCCUCGCAAGGUACCAAAAUCAGACACUCUAGAUGCUGCAGGGAGUGAUUCAGGCAGCAAUACCAAGUUGGGUAAUGGAUUCCCGUGUACAAUUGGUGGCAGUUCUCUUUCUAGCAAGUUAAGUGUUGUUAAACGAGUGUCUUCUGCAGUAUUCCCUGCAAGUAUUGCAGCUGGAGCAGAGGCAGUGGAACCUCAUUUAUCCUUUAAAGAUGUCUCAAAUCAACAGAAGCAGAGUUUAUUUAUCAGUAAGCUGAACCUCUGCUGCGAGAUCAUUGAUUUCAGUGACACAGCGAAGCAAGAUGUUAAACGGGAAAUAUUGAUAGAACUUGUUGAUUUUGUUAAUUCUGGCUCAGCAAAGUUCACGGAACCAACCAUUUCAGCAAUGUGUAAAAUGUGUGCAGCGAACCUCUUUAGAGUUUUCCCACCUAAGUAUCGCUCUAUCACCGGUGGUGGUGAGACAGAAGAUGAAGAACCAAUGUUUGAUCCUGCUUGGUCUCAUCUACAACUUGUGUAUGAUCUGCUUCUUAGGUUUUUCAACUGUAACUCACUUGACACAAAGGUGGCAAAGAAAUAUGUUGAUCAUUCUUUUAUUUCGAGAUUACUUGACCUAUUUGAUUCUGAGGAUCCAAGAGAAAGAGAUUGUUUGAAAACAAUUCUGCACAGGAUCUAUGGAAAAUUCUUGCUACAUAGACCUUAUAUUCGAAAAGUUGUCAGCAAUAUCAUCUAUCGGUUUGUCUUUGAAACUGAACGGCAUAAUGGAAUUGCUGAGCUGUUGGAGAUUUUUGGCAGUGUAAUUAGUGGCUUUGCAACACCGUUAAAGGAGGAGCACAAAAUUUUUUUGUGGAGGGCUCUUAUUCCUUUACACAAACCAAAGUCAGUGGGUAUUUAUCACCAACAGCUAACAUAUUGUGUUCUACAGUUCAUAGACAAGGAUCAAAAGUUGGCAGGUAAUGUGAUAAAGGGCCUAUUGAAAUACUGGCCGAUAACAAAUAGCCAGAAGGAGUUGAUGUUUUUAGGCGAGUUGGAAGAGAUUUUGGAGGUGAUUAACAUGGUUGAGUUCCAAAAGAUUAUGAUUCCACUAUUUCGAAGAAUAGCUUACUGCCUUAACAGCUCACAUUACCAGGUGGCGGAACGAGCCCACUUGUUGUGGAACAAUGAGAGUGUUCUUAAUCUCAUCACUCAGAAUCGGCAAGCGAUUCUGCCACUUGUCAUCCCAGCUCUAGAGCAGAAUACCCUGAAUCACUGGAACCAAGCAGUGCUGAACUUGACAUUGAAUGUGAAGAAGAUAUUCCGUGAGAUCGAUGAGGAGCUUGUCCUUGCUUGUCAAUGUAAGUUGGAAGAGGAAGGUUCAAGAUUAAAAGCUGCAGCCGAGAAGCGAAGAUUAACAUGGGAAUUGCUUGAAACAGCGGCUGGUCUCCCAUCCCCAGCCCCUCCCCCAGCUACUGCUGGUGCUGGUAACUUUCUAGUUCCUGUAAAGCCUGCUACAUGCUCUGUUGCCUGCUAAUUCAUGUGGAAUAACAGUAUUUGGUAAAGAAAGUCGAUCAAUCAUAAACGUGACCACCGCCAUAGUUGCAGUAUGAGAUGUUGGUUCUUGGAAGAUGUGAGUUUGGGAUGAAAAUUGGGUGUGUAUUAGUGCCUGGAUGUUUUGUUAAAUUGUAUUAGUGAUCCCUCCCCUGCCCUUGAAAUCGCAAGAGGCCCUUUUGCUUGCAAUAUUAUGUUAAUGAACGCCUGUUGUAUAUUUUCCACAAGUGCUGUUUGUCUUUAGCUUACUAUCUACCUUCCAUAAGUUGCAUUUAUACCUCCUUCUAAGAAAAUGUUGAUCUUAGUUCAGAUGUUUUGAAGGCUCUUCUUAUUUUAUUUUUUGUAGAAAGAUGUAUUACAAAUACUGUUGGCUAUAGUUUUCAUAAUUAUGAUGUUUCUUGGCGAGGAA